AUGGCACUUCUUAUUUCCAUUUCCAUUCACUGCUGCACCCUCUCCUCUCCUCUCCUCUCCUCUCCCACCCCGCUCCUCUCCCCCUUCCCUCCCACAGGCUGUGGAGCAGUACGUGAGCCGCACUCCGCUGUGGAGCAGUACGUGAGCCGCACGCCAGACGGCAACUUCUCAGGCUUCUGUGUGGAGGUGUUUCAGCGAGCCAUGGCGCUGCUGCCGUACCCAGUGGGGUUCUCCCUUGUGGCGUAUGACUUCAAGGGGAGCUCCUACGAGGACCUCAUUCGGCGCGUGGCCAACAAGGAGUAUGACGGGGCAGUGGGGGACAUCACAGUGACAGCUGACCGCGCUCAGACUGUGGACUUCACCCAGCCCUUCAUGGAGUCAGGGCUGGGUCUGGUGGUGCCGGUGCUGCAGGGCGACCCAGCCAACCCCUGGGCGUUCCUGUACCCGUUCACAGGGAGCAUGUGGGCGCUCAUGAUCGCAUCCAUAGUCUUCACCGCCGCUGUCAUCUGGUACCUCGAGCACAACCAGAACCUCGACUUCGGAGGGGGCCCGUACCACCACCAGCUCACCACCAGCCUCUGGUGA